AUGGACCCCUUGAGUAGAGGUUUAACUCUCAAGUUUCCCACAAUAUCUGUCAAAACAAGUGAAGAAGCCUUAACGCAAAAUUUUUCUACGAAUCAUUUUAUGUUCAUCGAUGAUAUUAAAAUGUUCGCUGAAAGUGAAGACCUGUUAGUAAGAAUGAUGAGCUAUACAAACGAGUUUUUGGAAGCCUCGGGAAUGGAGAAGAACUUCGAAAAGUCUGCAACAAAUUCGAUGGCAUUGGGUGAUGAAGCAUGUGUAUUGGAUGGAUUGCAAGGAUAUCGCUACCUUGGAAUCAUUAAAAACAAAUCUAGUGAAAUGAAGAGUAAUGAAGUGAUGGAUGUCUUGAAAAGUGAAGCAAUUGCAAGGAUUAAGAAGCUUGCUAAUACAAAGCUAAAUUCUGGAAAUUUCUUCAAAUCAGUUAAUGAAUAUGCACUAUCGAUUUAUAAUUAUUAUAUUGGAGUCCUAAAUGUUGAGCCGACCAUGUUCGAUCAAGUUGAUAAAAGUAUACGGCAGCUCUUAACAAGCCUGCAUAUACACGCCAAGCCGGCGAAUUUAGACAGAUUGUAUCUCCCAAGAAUAUUUUAUGGGAGGGGGCUACAAUCAGUCAAUUUCAAAAGUGAAAAGAUUUUAUUGAGGUUUUUGACCGACCUCAAACAGAAAAGCCUCACCUCCCCACGUAAAGCUGCAAUUCUACAAGCAGAAAAUUAUGCUAAGACGCAUAUGUCAACAAUUGUAGAGUAUUUGCAGUCCAAGUAUGGGGAAGAGUAUUUUUCUGGAGUCCCAUUGAAGCAGUGUCUUGGAAAUCUAAUAAACCUUCAGGAAACUUCUCUGAUGACCAAGAUUAAAGGAAAAAAUUUACACUCUAUCCUAUUCAAUUCACAAAACCUUCCAAAUGUUGAUCACAAGUCCUCAUCUAUAUGGCUUGCAAAUGGAAAUAACUCACCGCGCAAUGAAGGAUUGGCAUGUUUUCUUCAGGAUCGGAAUAUUUUCUUUUCCACCGAGAAACUGGUCUCAAGGUGCCCUCAUUGUAAAGCGGCGAAGAAAACAGUGGAUCAUCUGGCCACUAGAUGUGAACGUAUGCUGUAUCUUGACUACACGAGACGUCAUAAUGAAGUUGUGCGCUGUUUGCAUCUCCAUUUUUGUCGUCUUUAUGGAUUGAAGAAUCAGAAAAGGUUGAAGACGCACUCGGUGCAGGAGGUUAUAUCGAAUGAAAGAGUUGAGAUACGGGUGGGCACUCGAAUCGAGACUGAUUCUACCGUUCGUUAUAACAAACCUGAUUUAUUGAUAUAUGAUAAAAAAGAGAACGUAAUUUGGAUUGUGGAAGUGGGAGUUACUUCUCAAAAUAAUUUACAGCGAGUAGAAUUUGAAAAGUUAAGAAAAUAUGAUUUGCUCGCUAAUGAAUUAUCCCUGAUUCACAAGGCCAAAGUGAAUAUAAUUCCUGUUGUCCUUACAUGGGAUGGCAUUGUGUCUAAAUAUUUUAAAAAAUAUUUGGACUCGAUCAGAGUGAGGGAACAUCUGAUUGCUUAUAUGCAAUCAAUUGUGCUUAAGCGUACGAUGGAGAGCAUUGUGCUGGACUUUCGGAGAGGUCUUACGCAAAUGGAUUAUGAAGCCCGGGUUGAGGAGGUAUUCUUAAAAUACGAGGAAGCUAACGGGAUCGGUGACCGAGAGAUCGCGGUGCGUCGACUUGUCGAGGAUGCCUACCAUGUUCCUUUUCUGGAUGGAUCGAAACGAUUUAAAAUUGACGGAAGUGUGGGCCCUGGGAUGAUAGAUCGGGAAGAUAGUGGAGCUCGUAGAGUGGAUUCCGAAGGCUGA